UGCUUGCAGCCCUGGCUUCCAGCUGUUCAAAAAUAGUCCAAUAAAAAAAAAUACAACAAAAAGCAACUAAUCAGAAUCCAAACUCAACUGCAAUAUGGACUUUAUUGAGCAGGAAGUGAGUGAUUUUCGAUCUAGCUGUGAAAAGGAAGUGCCGCACAGCAGAAUCAUAAUUUGUUCCAGCUCCCUAAUUAGGGUUGACAUCUAUCCUGAACGUCCCAAUCGCUUGAUGACCGUAUGCUUGCGUUUUCCUGAGGAUUAUCCGAAGAUUACACCCAUUCUAGUUGAGUUGAAGAGUCGAGCGUACUCGGAAAGGCUUCUCUCCGAGUUGACCCGCCUAAUUGAUGACCAUGCUCGGGAGUUCUUGGGCAAGCCGCAGGCUUUACUGGUCCUGGCAUUUGUCCAGCAAUACCUAUCGGACAAUCCCUUGUGCGUGUGCUUGGACGAGAUAAAGCAACUGAGAGUGGACAUCAAGACGCGAGUGGUCUGCCCCGAGCUAACCGGUGGAGAGUCUGCUCACGUGGAGAGUCAGCUAAAGUUGCGACAGAAGAACAACAGCGUUGAGUUGAUAGCCAGAGGCGGAAGAUUUACAUACAGAGUGACGGCAGUCGUGCCCGACAUCUAUCCCGCCCAAUGUGUGGAGCUGAAAGGGCAGGAAUCCAAUUUGCCGGCAGUUCUGGUGCGCUACCUCAACGGACAGUCCAGGGAGAUUGCCCGACAGUGUGUGGAACCGCCUCACCGCCUCAGCAAAGAUGAGCUGGCCAACUUUCGGCCAGCGAAAAGCCUUUAUCGUUCACUGAAGUUCUGCCUGGAGGCUACCCGGGAUUUCCACGUCGAACGUUGCCCCAUUUGUGAUAAAACUGUUUUGCCCAACAAUCCGACGGAUGUGGAGCUGGAGGAGAACGCCGAUGCCUACAUCGAACGUGUCUACUGUGGUCACCUGUUUCACCAGGGCUGCCUUAAACAAUACCUUGCCGAACCACCAUUUCCCCGAGGUGGCAAACUCUGUCCCGCCAAGCGACGCCACCCGAGAUCUGAUGCCCAAACCUACAUGGGCAGCAGGGCAGGAUCAGCAUCAGUUCAGGGCGUAGUAGCGUCAGCCAGCUCGAAGCCUUUGGAUAAUGCUGUGUGUGGCAUUAAGUUGGCACACGAUCGUUGGGUGGUUAGUGUGAAAACGGCCGAGGCACGCUGGGCCCAGAAGCAGGCACGCCAGCGUGAGCUGGAGGAGGUGGUGGAUUUUCUACAAUAAACAAGGAAGGGAUCAAAUCAGAUCAGAUCACAUAGAGUGCAUUGUUAAAUUUGUAUAGCUAUUGUAUUUUGUGAUGUCUUAUCGAAUACGCUUAUAUUACUAAAGAUGGAAUAAAUAAAAUGAUGAUGAAGUGC